AUGGUGACGGUGCCAGGUGUCCCGACGACCCUUGUGUUAACAGGAUUGUGUGUCGCUCUUCUCAUCACAGGAUCAUCUGGGACCUUCUGUACCACCAGUGUGGCUUCCCUGGAUUUAGGAUGCCUCCUGCGGUGGGAUUGUCCUCAGGCCAACGCUAACACCACCACCUACACCGUCCAAACUAAGACUCAGGGGUGGGCCUUCUCUGACUUUGAACUCUACAACAUGAUCCGCCUGGGCCUCCACCAGGGCCCUGGGAGCCCAGUCUGGACAAAACCACACAAGUUUGACCCAACCUUCAACCGCCCCUCCGUCUCUGUGUCUCUGUCUAGAGAGAGGCUGGUAGUGGAGGUGCACUUCCCCUGUUCUACCAACAGAGGGUGCUUUCCUCUGCAGAGCUGCUGUCCACUGUCAGAACUGAUUGACCCCUGGGUCACAGUGACCGUAUAUAACCAACAGAACCACUCUGACUACAAGAGGCGUACUGGUUGGGCCCAGGAGGUGGUGUACAUGGCUGAGUUCUCAGACCUGGUCCCAGGACAGGACUACUGUGCCUUGGCUAACUUCUCCUUUGGACCCCCCACCUUCCCCCUGGCAUCCUCUCCCCCCUCCCACCCACACUGUGUCCACCAGGCUGCCCCAGGACCAGGGUUGCAGCCAGUGUUGUUGGGGAUAGGAGUGUGUGCUGUGCUCUUCUCUGCUCUCCUUGCUCUGGCUCUGUACCAGCUGAAACAGAAACGAGAUGCACCUCGCAUUAACAGACUCCCCAAGACUCUAGCAUCUCUCCAGGCAUCCCUCCAGGACCCCCCAGAGUCCUCUUCAGACCCUGUUGACCCCAGUGACAUCCAUGUGGAGAUUGUGGACGACCACCUCUCCAUCAUGUCUUCCUUGUCCGGCUGUGUCUUCACCAACGCCCAGGCCCCAAGCUUGGGUGACGGGUACAGCAGCAAACCCUUCCCCGGUGACUACAGGUCGGGCAACAUGGACUGGCACACUGGGAGAGACACUGAGCUGGGCCUGAACUCUGGCAGCACCCUAUCCCUGCCAUGCUCCACUGUGCCUAUAGGGCUACAUAUGACCCAGUGCAACUUCGAUUCACCACUACGACCACAUCCAAGGCCCACGGUGCCAACACUACCCUACCUUGAUUCUCUUUCUCUGUCAGAGGCUGGGGAGGGCCAGGGGGUCCCGAUGUGCUCAGUGAGGUUUGGGGGGGCGAGUGAACGGGGUGAGAACCUGGAGGGACUACAGUGGUGUAACCGGUAGCAUGUUGAACUGCAGUACCCAUAAUGCUCUGUACAACAUAUUCUGAUGAACUCCACAGUGCAGUUGAGUCCAAUGUUUUGGCAGACAGGGCAUUGAUUUUGGAGAUGAGAUGGGACAGAACUGGACUCAAUGAAGAGUAAUGGUGGUCCUAUGUAGCUCAGUUGUUAAAAAGCAAUGGCACUAUCAAACGGCAGGGUUGUGGAUUAGAUUCUCGCCAGAAUCACAUACUAAAAAUGUAUGCACUCACUGUAGUGUAGGUCGCUAUGGAUACAAGUUGAACGUCUGCUGAGUGGCAAUGGUAACCUGGUUCUGCCGUAUAUAGCAGUCGAAGAAGACAUGGCUGGGAACUGAAGCGCCAAGCUCAGUUUUAACAACAACACUGACAACCACAGCUUUGUUUUACACCGUUUGUUUAGUAGGGUUCACAAUAUGGAUCACUUCUGUCAUCCGCAGAGCCGGGGUGAUGACAGAUUGAUGAACAAAUCAAUAGGGCCCCUGUUGGAGCGAGCAGAGCCUCUGAUUCACAGGUCCAGCUGGGUCUUUGGGAGGGUUUGUUUGAGGGGUGCUGAGAGUAGUGUUUCAAGUUCCAAAACUUUAUUGUCCAUGUUUGUCUAAAAUGGGAAUUUAUCUUUGGCUUACGGGCAUACAUUUUCAGUUACAGCCGGGGGGGGGGGGUUGUUCUUUCAGAGGUCUAUGGAGAGCAAUAUUUGUUUCAGGAGAUUCCCCCCCACCCUUAACUGGACUGUGGUAUGGAUAAUGGCAAUUGUAACAUGUAAAUCUAGGUGGGGCAAAAAAAAAGAUGUGGGAUGCAUGCCAGCAAAGCCCCAACACAACACAACACUAAACAAUACAUUAAUUGCACUAUAACGGUGACAAACGGUGCCCACAAACUGUUAGGGCCUACAUAAAGCUGUCCCAACAGCAGACUCCCAACAGCAGUCCGAACCACUGCUACACCUGACUAUCAGCGGAGCCUUGUCUGGCAGCGAAACAGUUCAUUCAGCCUCAUUUACUGCCUUUUAAAAAAAGCAUAGCUGAUAUGGCUGAAGUGAGAUGUAUGAACUAUGGCAUAAGGGAAAGACAAGAGGAUAAGAGGCCAUCUGUAAUUUCGAUGAAGACAUUAAUGAGCGAGCUACAGUAGGACGGACAUAGUCAAUGCAACUAUUUGUUCAGCACUUUUGAA